AAUUAAGAUGGCGGACGAAGAAUCUGAAUUUCUCUCGUCUAGUUCUAAUGCUAUGUGGGAUCCACUGCACUCAAAAGACUGGGAUAAAGAGACAGUAACCCCACAAUGUAUAUUAAGAAUCAAAAGAGAUAUAAUGAGUAUCUACAAUGAACCACCACCUGGGAUGUGCAUAGUUCCUGAUAAAGAUGAUAUGACCAAGAUUCACGCAUUGAUAACUGGUCCAUUUGACACACCAUACGAGGGUGGUUUUUACUACUUCUUGAUUCGCUGUCCACCUGACUAUCCCAUCAGACCUCCAAGGGUGAAACUUAUGACUACUGGUGGGGGACAAGUUCGAUUUAAUCCAAAUCUUUACAGAAAUGGAAAAGUUUGUCUUAGUAUUAUAGGGACGUGGUCAGGACCAGCCUGGAGUCCAGCACAGUCAUUAUCAAGUGUACUGAUAUCAAUUCAAUCUUUACUGAAUGAAAAUCCAUAUCACAAUGAGCCAGGUUUUGAGCAGGAACGGCAAGCUGGAGAUUGCAAGCGUUAUAAYGAAUGCAUUCAACAUGAAACCCUACGUGUUGCUGUAUCAGACAUGUUGGAAGGCAAGCCAUCUUGCCCAGCAGCAUUAAAGGACGUUAUGGAAAAGUCUUUUCCAGAGUUUUAUGACUACUACAUGUCUGUUAUAAGUGAAAAGUCUUAUUUAAAUGGGCAAAAUAUGCAGGAUCCAUUCGGGGAGAAGAGAGGAUCUUAUGACUUUGCAAGCAUACAAAAACGACUAGAGAUUAUCAAGCAAAAGUUAGAAAGCAAAUCAAAGCAAAAUUCUAAUGGUGCCACUGAUGAGGACUCAACUAGUGAAAAUGAAAAUGCGGAAUCUUGAAUAUACAAGAAAUCCAUGAGAGUAAACGUUACCAGUACUUUACGCAAAAUUUUAGGRUGGAUGGUGGAGCAGGAUAUGCCACUGGGAUACUGUGGUAGGAAUAUUSUGUUGGGGACAACAACAACAGUUCAUGACUACUUUAUUGUAUAAUGUACUUAUUAUGUGCCUGUGGCCAACACUUCAAGCUUUUAACUAAAUGUAUGUCUUUUUGUCAAUAUAUAAUGUUGUUAUUACUACUUUUUAAAAGUUAGAAAUACAAUAAUUAUAUAAGUACGUAAUACCUAUUUUCAUUCUAUUAUGUGUAUAAUAUAACAUACAGACAGUUGCUUGUAUUUAAUAUGUAAAAAUAGAACUAGUCACUAUUGCAUUGGACAAUAUGUGAAGUAUUACAUAGUGAAAUGAAUGGCAUGUACUUGUCAUAAUCUACAUUGAAGAGAACUAAACUAAGAUAGAUUAUGUCACUAUACUGAUCAAGGUGGUUGCAGAUUUUUUUUCAAGUUUUUAGAAAUUUGCAAACAUCAGUGUACAUGAUGUUCUGUUAUGUUUCAUUUUGUUUGUUGAGCUUGAUGUUGGAAUCAAAACUAGCUGGCACAUUGAGUGCAACUGAGGUUGCACUGCACACAAGGAGGCUUUUUAGUCCUUUGGGCAAGGCGAAUACAUUAGUUUAAUUUCAAAGGAAAUGGUGUAGGCUACCUGUUCCUUUCAUAAAAAAUGAUAGGUGAUUGGAAACAUAUAAACCAAUAGUACAUGUAUACACCAUGUUAACCUUAGAAUAACUUGUUUGCUAAUUUAUUAGUGAACACGACCAGUGGAUCACAAUAUAUCUAGCACUGCAUGGGACAGUUAGUAAUAUGCUAUGCAGGACUCGGAAUAAUGGCCAGACAUUAUGAAGCUCACCAUUCAAAUACAUUUCUGACAAGUCAUUACCAAUUUUUGUAAGGUCAAAGUAUGAUUACUUAGAGCAGAGUCACUUGAACCAUGAAAUAGAAACUAAAUACUUAGUAACUAAUAGGCACUAUUUAGACA